AUGUCCGUAGACCAAACGAUAAACGAACUUAGCGGCACAUUAGCACAACUCAGCACAUUAGUUGCACAUAUAAAUGGACAAAUAAAUGGUAUUACGAGUAGGAUUAAUCUCACAUUGGAUAAUUUCGAUCAGGCUGUGGCGAAUAUAGCGAAAGAUGCUGGUUCGGUCACCUAUCAAGUUGGAGAUUCUGUAUCACAGGUAAUAGUUAUCUUUUCAAUGAUUUUUUUAAAAUUACGUUUUUUGUGCUAUUCUCAAUUACGUUUUCAUUCAGUGUGA